AAAAUAUAAAAUAUUAAUAUAGAGAGAGGAAAGUGUAUUAUUCUUCUCCGCGUUGUUCAGAAACUCGUCUCUGCGGCGAUUUGUUUCUCCUCCGUUGAACCCUACCUUCCGAUCUGCGUUUGGGUUUGGAUUUGACAGUGGAAUCAUGUUUGGUGUCAUAAGGCGAAGGGUUGCUUCUGGCAACACGUCUACUUCGUUGGUGGGUCAGUCACUGCAGAAAAUCCGGUCUGGCUCAUCUGCUCCUGCUAGAGUCUCUUCCAUUGUGGAAAGAGAGAUCGUAUUUCAUUCAAGAGGAUGUGGAAAUGUCCGGAACUUUUGUUAUAUAACACCUGGAAGCAUUAAUUCAAAAUCUAUAAGGAACGUUUUUCCUCAAGAGGCUUCCGCGCAAACAUGGAGGCGUUCGUUUUCUUCAGAAAGUGGAGAUACGGUUGAUGUUGUUGUCCCUCCAUUGGCUGAAUCUAUCUCUGAUGGGACCCUGGCAACAUUUCUGAAGAAGCCUGGUGACAGGGUUAAUGUUGAUGAACCGAUUGCUCAAAUUGAAACAGAUAAGGUCACAAUUGAUGUAACAAGUCCUGAGACAGGUGUGAUUCUGAAGCUUUUAGCCAAUGAAGGGGAUACUGUUGAGCCAGGUAACAAGAUAGCAAUCAUUUCAAGGUCUGCUGAUGCUACAACUCAUGUCGAGCCAUCUGAGACCAAAUCUGAGAAAGCUGCUCCUCAACCUGCCCAAAAGAGUAGUGAGACUGAGGAGAAGAAAGCACCUAAAGUUGAAGCUGCUCCUAUUACAGAGAAGCCCAAAGCGCCUUCUGCUCCAAGGAGCUCUCCUUCUGAGCCACAGCUUCCUCCUAAGGAAAGAGAAAGACGGGUUCCUAUGACAAGGCUUCGGAAAAGGGUUGCUACACGAUUGAAAGAUUCCCAAAACACAUUUGCUAUGCUGACUACCUUCAAUGAAGUUGAUAUGACUAAUUUGAUGAAGCUCCGUGCUGAUUAUAAGGAUGCUUUUGUUGAAAAGCAUGGAGUCAAAUUGGGACUUAUGUCCGGGUUUAUCAAAGCUGCUGUAAAUGCACUUCAACAUCAGCCGAUUGUAAAUGCAGUCAUUGAUGGGGAUGAUAUUAUAUACAGAGAUUAUGUAGAUAUCAGCAUUGCUGUUGGAACUAAGAAGGGACUUGUUGUACCAGUUAUCCGCAAUGCUGAUACAAUGAACUUUGCGGAUAUAGAGAAACAGAUCAAUGCUUUUGCAAAGAAGGCAAAUGAUGGAGCUUUAUCAAUUGAUGAGAUGGCUGGAGGCACCCUUACAAUAUCAAAUGGUGGUGUUUAUGGGAGCCUUUUGAGUACCCCCAUUAUCAACCCCCCUCAGUCGGCAAUCUUGGGCAUGCAUUCCAUAGUGAGCCGUCCUAUGGUUGUUGGAGGUAAUGUUGUUCCAAGGCCAAUGAUGUACAUUGCUCUAACAUAUGACCAUAGAAUAAUUGAUGGAAGAGAGGCAGUGUUCUUUCUGCGACGCAUCAAAGAUAUCGUGGAGGAUCCUCGCAGGCUUCUGCUUGACAUAUAAAGUGAACCUCAUGUUCAGUGGAGUAAAUUAAACCUCUUGAAUUUCAAUUACCAUAAUGUGUACCCUUUUGCUUGGGUCUUGAAUUGCGGCGUGAUUUAUAAUUUUUAAUGAGCAAACUCUUUAGGAUCAUGUCCUAGUUUUUUUCUGAUAUCAGUUCAGCACGUUUGUUUUCUUUUCCCCUAUUCCUUAUUUAACAUGAGGAUCACAGUUUUUGGCACAGAAAUUGUAUGAGACUACUCUGCAUAUUGUAGGGAUUGUCCCUAGAGUAAUAAUGGGAUUUAAUUUCAGUAGUA